UUUGAUUGUUCAAAAUAAUGUUCACGCUGCCGCUUGCUGAGUUUUUUCGGCUUUGUUUUCGCUGCUAGUUGGAUCAGACCUUGAAAGGUCGAUGCCGAUAGAAAAAUUGCGCAGUUGUUGGCUGGUUUCUUCCACAUUUUAAAGAGAAGGAAAACUGCACUGCAGCUUACAGGACUGCAACUCUGCAGGCAGGUAAAGGAAAACAAAAAGCUCACGUCAUCUUAUUUACGCACGGGCGUGCGUAAAUAAAGAUUUCAAUAGGACUCAGGCCAAGCACCCGCACUAUGUUAUAAAUUGAAUUCGUCAUCACACAACAGCUUGUAGGAAAACGUGUGGUUUUAAACGUUCAAUUUAGCACGUUUCCUUUUGCGCUUAUUCAAGAUUGUGAUAUACGCAAUUUAAUUUAGAAUGACUGGAUUAUUGUCGUGUCACGCUCAUUGAAAUGACUAUAAUGAUUCGUUCAUCUAUUAAGAAAAAAAGGAAGAAAACAUUACUCUUAUUCAUAACAGCUGCAAACAUCUUUACCGACUACCUAUUCCUUCCUAUCUCUCUCAACUGUAGCGUGUUCAGACUUUGCAUAUUUUAUGCGGUCAAUUCCAUGAUUAGGAAUGGCUCAUCGUUGAAACAAGAAGUAGAAAAAUCUAUUCAACAGCUACAAAGGCUUCGUGUUUUCACACAUUGUUUUCAAAAACAAGUCUUGAAAUAGAAAUUUUACAGAGCAGGUGAUUAAAUAACGUAAGUGGUUUGCACGGAGAUAACCAAAAAACUAUUUGAAGCUCCUAACAGAUGGAAGUAAAUUUCUCUUGGCCAAGGGAUCUAAAUUUUUUCGGCACUUUGUCUGUUUUGUUGUAAUUUACGGAUGAAAAAAAAGAUUGGUGCCCUGUCAGUCUUGCCGAGAACAUAGUUACUCGAUUAACUAUGCCGAGAAAUGUAAUGAGUUGCGCAUAGUAUUGCUACAGACGGUAAACAUUCUCAAGUAAUAUGUUUAUUUCUAAAAUCUCUUUAUGUCUUCUGAAUUUUAUAAUAACUAACAUCCUUUUUCUUUAUAGUUCAAUAGAUUCUCACUAUUUUUCGUUUCGUACCCGUAUGUUACCGCUUAAUGUUUCACAAACAAACAUUGUAAUGGCUUUUCAGAGGCAAAUUUCAGUGUUAAAUUGAAUAAUGCGAAUAAAAUAAAAACAAGACUCUGUUACACUUAAAAUUUCUGUUAUUGGAACGUAAACCGAACGCGUUCAAUUCUUUUUUGUUUUGUUUAGUUUUGUUUCGCUGCACAUUUCAAACGUACAUUUUUAUCACAUCAGCAAGACUAGCGCUGUAUCGCUGAAACACGUUUUGGCAAACCACCUUUUAAAAACGGCUUCUUUAAUUUUCAUUUUCAUUUAUCGAGUUGCGUCAGUUACCAACGAGAAAACACAAUUGCGGGACAGUUAUCUUCGUUUCCUAUCAACUGACGUUAGAUAUCAGAAGUGUUUUUAAAGUCCAGGUGAAAUAGCAUGCGAAAAAGGAAAAGGCGAUCAGUAUUUUUUUUUAGUCAAUUGUUUCAUUCUAAAUUUAAAAUAUGCACCUUGCUCUUGUUUGACAGCUGUUGAUUGAACGAUAUGUAGAUUGCGCUAAAUUAGGAAAUGUGCCUCAUUUGACUUCAAAAUCGAUCAAAGCUGAUCGUGGUUUCGAAGUUAACAUGUCUAAGCAACAAGAAAAUAUUUUCGAAACUGAAAUGCUUCGUCAUGGCGGAUUGCACGAAAUUAUAACCCUUGGUUAAAGAAUCGCUAGCAGCUUUUUCAAUAAAAUAAACAAAUGAAGGGCUGAGAUCAGACACAUUGCAUCCUACUCUAAAGAAAUUAUUGACGCUACAUAUUACAAAUUGGUAAUAUUGAUAUUUCCUUGUGGAGGAGUUGAUAUGGAAAACGGAAAGCCCUCAAAACUGCCCUUUCCGUGUUAUUUGAUUGGCUAGUAGUGUGGCAAGCGCAGAUAACUUAAUGUGUUCUAACGAGAUAAAGAUUUAGUUUACGCAGGAUUAAGAGCCCGACGUAUCAAAGGCACAAGCAAGCAACGAGCAUGUCGGGCAAUCAUUCUGAGGAUGACUUUUGCAGCCGUUUCAGUAGUUUUAGCUACUUGGCAGCGCUCGGGAAUGAUCCGUUCAAAACAGCCUUCAUUUUCAACGCUGUUCUGAAUGUUCCUUUCUCCGUCACAACAACACUGGCCAAUGCUUUGGUCAUUAUCUCAAUAUGGCGUUCGUUCCCGCUUUGGACACCAGCAAACAUGUUGCUGAUGAGCCUCGCUAUGUCUGAUUUAGGAGUCGGUCUACUUUUCCAGCCAAUUUAUAUCGCCCGUUUGAUCUUGUUUGCAGAGCGGGGAGUUGGACAAAUUACUUGCAUGAUGUCUGUAGCUGUUUCGGUAACGGCGUCGAUUUUUUCGUGCGUGUCUUUUGGAACAGUGACUGCAAUCAGUUUAGAACGCUAUCUGUCUCUCCGUUUCCAUUUGCGAUACGAAGAUGUCAUCACAUUGAAACGUGUCCGUCGAUUUCUCGCCAUUUUAUGGCUCCUUGGCGCGAUUUCUUCCCUAGUCUGGGUAUUGUUCGCUCCUUCAUAUAGGUCCUACUUUUUCGUCGCAGCCAUCGUGUUCUGCCUGGUCAUCUCAACCGCGGCUUACAUCAACAUUCACCGCAUUGCUCAGUCACAUCUGAACAGUAUUGAAUCUUUAAGGCAGGAAGUUGAAAACAAGUCCAAAAAUCUAAUGCUAAAACAUCGAAGGAAAGGAGCUUUUAAUAUGUUCUUAAUUUACUGUGCUCUACUGUGUUGCUAUCUUCCUUACUCGCUCUUCCUUGCACUGGGCAAAAUAAUGGGAUACACAGAAUGGAAUUGGAUAGCUAUCAACUACGCACUGACAAUUGUUAACGUAAACUCCUUCAUAAAUCCUUUGAUUUACUGUUAUCGAAUGCGAGAAAUUCGCCAAGCUAUAUUGCACACUGUUUAUUCAGUGACUUUUGGGAGAACGAAUACGAGACAGAUUACAUCUUGAUAGAUGAAAAGGGAAAUCAUCAAUAAUUCAAGACGAGAAUCUGCAAGUUAGAAAAAAAAAGAAAAACCUCCAAAUUAUGUUUCUCUUCAGACGAAAUUGUGUACAACGGAAGAAAGUGUCAAAAAUAUCUUAAUGUAAGGAAAGGGACUUCUCCAUAGUGAUGGACAAUUUUGCCUGAAAGAGUUUCAUUUCCACAAAA